GUUUCAUUGAAACUCAUUCAGCCGUUUAAACGCAAUCAUGUUAAUAGCAUACGUAUGUACGUGCGUAAAUAGGUACAGAAAAAAAAAUUUCUUUUUUUUUAAUAAUCACAAUAUGAUCAGGGGGUUUUAAAACGUGUAUUUCAUCAUAUCAAGAAAGAAAGGCUUGCACUAGCGUUCUUUAUCGAUUUCCCGAAGUCGUGCAAAGUGCCGAGUUCACGUACACGUAGCUCGUGCGGUAGUUUAUUAUAUGCCUGCUAUUCCCACCACACCGUUAGGCGCUAAGGAAGUUCGUCGUCACUAUUGUCGACAUCGAUACACUCAAUUAUGCCAGUUUUGGCCAUACUGCGUCGCAGACUGUAUUUACGCAAAUAUUUUGCCUGUUAAUCAUCACGAAUCGAUACCUGCAAGAAUGUCGGGAAAAUUACGAAAAACUAGUCUCCAGUGGGAUAGUUCGUCAGAAGAGGAUGACGCGUAUGAAUGCAAAUAUAAUAUGAGGUUGAGAGAUUCGCUGAGAAACACUCAACAGUCUCAGGUGUCUGAAAGUGAGACUGCCUCAGAACCACGAAAGCGAGGCAGAGGACCUUCUAAGAGGCCUUGCUUAAACAGAAAUGCUUUGAUGGCUCGAGAAAAUAGAUUGAAGAAGAAAGCGUACCUCGAAAAGGUAGAAAGCAAGUUAUCUUAUUAUCAACAAGAAAAUAAGAAAUUGGUCAACUUCAUAAGGAAACAGGGUGUUGAUAUUAAACGGUUGACUGGUGAAGUUGCGUAUCUUAGGAGCGUCUUGAACAACAAUACUACCAUUACUGCAUUACUUAAAACUAUCAAUAAUGGCUUUCGUAAAAUCAGUACACAAAAAACAAAUUCAUUCUAUCCACAUGUUUCUCAGUGCCCACCCAAGUCUGAAAUUGAACAGAAAUGUAAAUGUAACAUGAUUGCGAAAGAAAAUAUAUUAAAUAACCAGAAUGGUAACACUUUUGCUACCAGCAUUAAUUGUGAUUCAUUGAACGAGCAUAUUAUAUUGGAAAGUCAAAGCAGUGAACCAUGCACAAAUACCAAGAAUCAAAUUAUUUGUAAGGAUUUUGAUAUUGAUAACAUUUUUUUACUAUCCCCAGAUUUUGAUCAUACUUAUGCUAUUUCAAAAAUUUCUAUAGCUAAUAUCAAGGAUAACCUAAAAAAAAAGGAAACUGUAAAUACAAUAACUUCUAUUACAAGCCCAUUAUCAGAAGACAGUUACAUGAAUGGUACAAAAGAGUUGGAUGGUUUACUGCCAUUUACCCAAACAGAUCUAUCCAAUAUAAAAAAGAAUACAGAUGCCAUUGGUAUUGACUUUGAUCAAUUGUCGUCGUUCAAUAUGGAUAUAUUUGAAGACCUUCCUAAAUGCGAAGAGAUGAUGGACACAGUGGAAAAUUUAAAUGAUACAUCGAAUCUUUUCACAGAAGAAGAAAUCUCUCAGAGUCUAGAUAACACUGGAAUUUGCCUUCAUGUUAAUUCUGACAAAGUAUCUUUAGAAUUUUGUUCCAUUUGUCACAUGAAUAGUAAAAAUUUGGUAUCAAAUUAAAGGGGGAAUCGAUCGUGAUUGACGUAAGCUCAUUAGAUAAUGAGUCACCCAUGGAAGAGGCCAAUCCAGCUAUUCUGGAAAUGUUUCUCAAUCAGUGGAGUAUAGAUAAAUAAUGAGAACAAUGUAUAUCAAGAAGAUAUAUGAUAACAUCUAGGUGUACCUGUUGUGAAAAUGUUAUAAAACUAUCUUCCUUGUGGAGCGAAAGUUGCGUUACAUUAGUAUUCAUACUAUAUAUAGAUUUAUAUGCAUACACACGCACACACACAUAUAUAUUUAUCUAUAUACACAUGUAUCCACAUAUACAUAUAUGUGUGUGUGCAUGCACGCGUGUAUAUACAUACAUAUAUAUAUAUAAAUUUUAUAAAUGACAGACUUAUGUGGGUAAAAUUUCUAAAGAUUACAAUUGUUAAUUGGUAAUGGCAUAAAGUAUUUUAUCACAGGCAAUAUCAUUAAUAAUUUUCAGUAAUAGCAUUCAACAAUAAGAAUCCUUGUUUUAGGACAUAUUUUUUUAUGUUUAGUUGUAAUAACUAGAACAUGGAAAACUAUUGAUUAUCCGUAUGUAAUAUAAAAUUACAUUGCUUCUUUUCCUCCGAGACUGUAAUACUUUGCUUUUUGCAGGAUAACACUGUCUUGGCACUGAAGUUUCCUAGCAGGGAUCAUACAAAAAGUCAUGGUCUGGCAUUCCUGAUGCGCUUUGGUUAAUAGCGUAAUGUAUUAUUUUGGAACUGUUACAGUUAGUUCUUGUUGGGAAAAUAUGUGGAAUUACGGUCGCUCCUCUUCUUUUAUAUACUCAAUAUAUAUAAUAAUAUAUAUUGUGAAAAGCUACAUCCCACGGAUAUUAUUGCCAAUGCGGAACAUUGCAUCCACUGAUCGAGUUUUGUGGUAAUUGAGAUUAAAAUCAGAAUAAAGUAGUAUAUGUAAUAUUUUUUCAUCGAACACUAGUCAAAAGCGCUCUUGCAAUGCCAGAGUUUUUAUUUCAUUCAGUUGUGUAGAAAUUUUUCAUUAUCGAAAAUUGUUCAAACGUUGUACAAUAUUUAUACAGUAUCUGGGGGAAAAGAAGUGUAUUCAUUUCAUCAUAAUGUUACGAUAUUUUCUCGUUUUAAUAUGUACACUAUUUUUAUAUAUUUUUAUUACAAAUAAAUUGUUUUUUUAUGUAAUGAAACAGACGAACAUAAAGUUAUAUGUCAGAUAUGAUUAUGUUUCUUAUAUUGUAACUAAGGUCAUUUUGUACAAAUAUAGAAUUAUUUUAUGCAGA